AUGAAUGUCAACAUGUUCGGAGCGGAUGAUAGAGUCAUAGACUCAUCAACCGAACCAGCCUAUGUCGAUUUGCCUGCUGUUGAAGAGCUCCCUCUUCCCGCAGAGUUUGUAUGGGGAGGGGCGACGGCGGCGUACCAGAUUGAAGGGGCAGCAUCUGAAGAUGGGAAGGGAGCGUCUAUCUGGGAUACGUUUUCGCACUUGGAACCCUCGCGGACCAACGGCGACAAUGGAGACAUUGCCUGCGACCACUACCAUCGGGUAUCCCAGGACAUUGAUCUAAUGGCCUCCUAUGGAGCUGACGUCUAUCGUUUUUCUAUUGCUUGGACCCGAAUCAUCCCUCUCGGAGGACGAAACGAUCCUAUCAACGAAGCCGGAAUCGCAUUCUACAACAGUCUAAUUGAUCAAUUACUGGCACGGAAUAUUGAGCCAGUUGCCACACUCUAUCAUUGGGAUGCUCCUCAGGCAAUCUAUGAUCGAUAUAGGGCGUUCCUCGAUACGGAAGAAUUCCAAGCAGACUUCAAGCAUUAUGCCCGCCUGUGUUUCUCCCGCUUUGGAGAUCGUGUCAAGAAAUGGAUUACAUUUAACGAGCCUUAUAUUAUCUCCGUUUUCGGACAUCAUAGUGGAGUUCUUGCUCCAGGUCGCAACUCUACCUCCAACGGAGGAGACUCUAGGACUGAGCCAUGGAGGGUCGGUCACACCAUCAUCCUCUCUCACGCUGCGGCGGUUGAGAUCUACAAAAGAGAAUUCCUGCCGUCCCAGAGCGGGACUAUCUCAAUUGUUUUGAACGGGCAUUUUUACGAGCCAUGGGAUGCGACUAGCAAAGUCCACCGUGAUGCUGCUCAACGUCGCUUGGAGUUUUACAUUGGGUGGUUUGGCGACCCGGUUUUUCUGGGUCAGGAUUACCCAGCGGUGAUGCGAACCCACCUAGGGGACAGAUUACCCUCGUUCACCCGUGAGCAGCUGGAAUGGCUCCGUGAACUCGCCCCUAUGAAUUCCUUCUACGGGAUGAACCAUUAUUCCACCAAGUUCGCCCGCGCGUUAUCCGAGCCUCCAGCCGAGGAUGACUGCACGGGUAAUGUCGAAGAGGGUUCAGUGAAUAAGGAGGGGCAAGUUAUUGGACCCAUCUCAGGAAUGGCGUGGCUGCGAGUGGCUCCACACGGAUUCCGGAAGCUCCUCAAUUGGGUCUGGAUCCGGUAUCGUUUGCCAAUUAUAAUCACUGAGAAUGGAUGCCCAUGUCCUGGAGAAAGCCAGAUGACGCUAGAUCAGGCAGUAGAUGAUCAAUUCAGGAUUAGGUACUUUGGACUGUAUCUGGAUGCCAUCUCGCGCGCCAUUUAUGAUGAUGGGAUCAAGAUAGAAGGCUACUACGCAUGGAGUUUGAUGGACAAUUUUGAAUGGUCUGCCGGGUUUGGUCCACGUUAUGGUAUCACUCAUGUGGACUAUAAGACUCUUGUGAGAACACCGAAGAAGUCCGCCUUUUACUUGAAGAACACGUUUGAGGGGCGCAGGAACCUUCGUCCUUAG